ACCAUGAUAUCAGCCAGACAACAGCAUCAUGUGAUCUUUGCCGCAUACACAGGCCAAAACAACAAGCAGAGCCGUUGAUGACUCAUCCGGUGCCCCACAGACCUUACUACAAGAAGUCGGAGCGCUGCAGUCAACGUCAAGCAAGGCAGUUAUCAGCUUCCUAAAGACUGUCUUUGCCAGACACGGCAUUCCAUGUGAACUUUUUUUGGACAAUGGGCCCCAAUUUACCAGCUGUGAGUUUGAGGCCUAUGCUGAAGAAUGGGGUUUUCAGCACAAAACAUUGAGUCCAAACUACCCAAGGUCUAAUGGCUUGGCCGAGGGUUCAGUGAAAAUAAUAAAAAACAUGACGAAAAAAGUACAGGACAGAGACGACUUUCAAAAAAGCCUGCUGAUCUACAGAAGUGCACCUCUUCAGAACGGACUAUCACCAGCACAAAUGCUGAUGGGUCGACGCAUUCGUUCCAACCUACCGGUGAAUGAAGACCUGCUGACACCCAAAGGUGCGCACAAAGUCACGCAGCUGAAGGAGGAACAAAAAGCAAAACAGAAAAAGCUGCAUGAUCGGAUGGCAAAACAUCUUCCAAUACUGACGCUUGGAGAUAUGGUGCGUCUCAGGGACAUCUCUACCGGCACCUGGAGAAAAAAAGGGCGGGUGGAGGAGGAAGUUGCACCACGCUCCUUCAGGAUUCAAGUGGAGAAUGGAAUGUCUCUAAGGAGGAAUCUCACGGAUCUUCAACUACAGACGACUGGAACUGACAUGGCAGCUCAGGAGAUGGACCAGCAGGACCCAGCAGAAUCAGGAGGGUUGGUUAGCAGUGGACUGACGGCAGCAUCGGCAGCAUCUGCAUCACCUGCGGAUGUGACACCUUCCCAUGUGUCUACAUCAGCGACUCCUGAAAGGCUGGCUAGGCCUAAGAGACAGAUUCACCCUCCUAAGAGGUUAAUUGAGAGUUGCUGAGGGUUUGCUUUGGUAGUGCAACUUACUUUAAAGACUUUAUGUUUUUGUCCUAUUUGCAGGAAAAGGAACAGCUGAAAUGUUGGAAUGAUAGAAGUUAAUGUUGAUACUGUUUCAAGUUAGUGUUUGGAUGCAUAGAGGCACUUGAUAACGUUUGUAAAAAAAAAAAAGAAAAAAAAAUGGUUUAAAGUGAAAAGUUGUUUA